GUAGUUUUCAGAUGAUUGUCAUGGACGAUAGUCGUACUAUGACUUUCCAAAGUGGAGAGUUUCCUAAUUCCUUAUUUCAGAAGCUAUUUGAGCAGAAGAGAGCUAGCAGAUUUUGUGAUGUCAAUCUGUUUGUUAACAACAGAAUCAUAAAGGCCCACCGCAAUGUCCUUGCCUGUAGCUCACCCUAUUUUGAUUCUAUCCUCAAGCACCACAAAGUUAUUAGAGAACAACUAACUGUAUCAUGUUUAGAUAGUGAAAUUUUCAAUACUGUACUGAAUUUUAUGUACACUGGUCAAAUAACCAUAGAGCAUUCCAAUGUAGAAGAACUUCUCAAAUUAGCUGACCAUUUCAUACUGACCAAAGUUAUUGAAUACUGCAUAGAAUUUUUAGGCACCAAAUUAUGUUUGGAUAACUGUUUAUUCACAUAUUUUCUGACUAGUAGAUUCAAAUUGAAGCACUUAGGCAAUAUAGUAGAAAAUUGGAUUGCUAGUCAUGUUGAAGAUAUUUGUAAAGGAGAUGAAAUCUUAAGGCUGAGUGCUAAUGAGUUGUUGAACUUCCUCAAGAAUAAAAAUUUUGUUCUGACUACUAGUGGGGCACUGAAUUUGCUUUCUGAAUGGGUACAACUAGAUGUAGGAAAAAGAGAAAAAAACUUUGAAAUGUUAAUCAAGUGCUUUCCCACUAAUGACUUGGAACCAAUUGAAGUUUUCAAACAUUUGGAUACCUGUUCAUUGUAUAUUAAAAGUGAAUUAUGCUUGUACAAAUUUUUAGACUAUUUAUUGAGAAAUAACUGGAUGUUAUCAAAUUUCAAAACUCGAUAUGAUGUUUUACAUGUCAAGUAUGGCCAGAUGUCACUAAGUGAUAAACUAUCUGAUACUGAAACUAAAAAUGAUAGAAUUGUAGUUUCUGAUAAAACUUUGUUAAACCACCCCCAUAAUAAUUUCACAUCUGUGUCUGUGAAAGCAAAAUUGAAAAACAAGAAACAACUGAUUCUCAAAAAGCUCAUGCUGUUUGGGCUUAGACCAAGUGUUAGAAUGGCUGCUUUGAAAAUGCUAGCUUGUAAGAAGAAAAAUAUAUCUUUGAAUGAAAACGAGAAAGAAAAUAGUGAUGUGGAUGACCCUGAUGAAAAAGUUGGAAUAAAAUGCCCCAUCUGCUUCAUGACUAUCAAUGACAGUUUGUUACUGGAACAGCACCUUGCCUUGAGUCAUGCAAAAGAUGUGACUUAUAAAUGUGGGCUUUGUGCAUUUGUUUGCCAAUAUCAUGGAGAUUAUCUCAACCAUAUGAAAACACACUUUACUGGACCACCUUUCAAAUGUGACUACUGUGAAUUUUCCAUUGAACAAAUUUCCAAACUGAUCUCACAUCGCGCCCAACAUCUCGACGAGUCCAUCUACAACUGCACCUUUUGCUCCUUCAAAUGCCGCCUCAAACAGAACUACGUGGCCCACAUGAAGAUGCACACCCCCGAGAAAACCUACAGGUGCGACCAUUGCACCAAAUCCUUUCGGUUCAAACAGAACCUAGAGUCGCAUCUGUUGACGCAUGCGUCGGAAAAAAGUUUGUCUUGCGAUUCUUGCGGCUUCCACACGAAGUAUUUGAGUCACAUGAUCGCUCACAAGAGGAUACACGCUUCCGACAUCUUCCGUUGUUCGUACCCCCACUGCAAGUACACCACCUCGAAAAAAUCCCAGCUUUCCAACCACGCGAAAUCGCACUCGGGUGGGGCUCGGCCACAUUCGUGCCCAGUGUGUGGCCGCGGCUUUAUGGAGAAGUCACACCUGGUGAGACACGAGCGCAUCCAUCUCGACGAGAAGCCCUUCAAGUGCGCCCAUUGCGACUACGCGAGUUCCAGAAGGGACAAGCUUAAGGAGCACUACACACGCCAUCACGGCGAAAAUGCGUCUGCUAAAGUACCCUACAAGGCACGGCCUGUAAGGCACGGUGGAGCAGGCCCAAGACCAAAGUCACAGGCUGCUCAGGAAGUAACACCGACCACAUCCACGAACAACGCGAAUUUCACACAAACCAGCAGCACUAGCGCGACCCCCUCGAGUCAGACCAUGGGAUCGGAAAUACAAGAUUUGAUUAUGCACCAUCAGAAUCAUUCUGCAUCUACGGCGACCAACCUGACGGCGAUUAACACCAACUACCACCAUUUCGGCGAUCCCGCCGAGUUCCAUGCGCACAACCACGCGCACAACAUCCACAACCAGAUACUCGGCCACAACCAGCGGUCGACACAGCAGCACAGCGGCAACAGCGCCGCCGCCAGCAGUGGCAACAUCGCAAACCAUCACAUGUUGGCCGCCGCCAGGACGAACCCAUCGACGGCGACGUCGACUGCUGCGGCGGUGGCGGCGGCCAUGAUGUUGGAUCCUCGCUUCCAUCAUAAUCCGGCGGUUCCAUAUCAUCCAUCUUCCACACCGGUCUCUAUGGCAAUGGCUGCUGUCCAAUCGUCCCAGCAGAUCCAGUCUUCGGGACAAACAAGUGAAUACCCGUCUACUAUACAAAACUGUAUGACACUUUUCUAGUCGAAAAUUCGUUGUGAUUCAUCUACUUGAGUAUUAUUGUUCUGUUGUUUAGUAUUUAUCAGUAUUAUUGUUGUACAAGUUUUCUUAUUGUUUUGUUGCUUUUCUAUUUAUAUUAUACACAUUGAAUAAAUGUAGUUAUUAGCAG